AUGCUCCCCUCCCUCUUCACCUCCACCCUCACGCGCCUCACGCCCCGCCUGCCGGUCUUAGUCUUCGCCGCCACGUGGACAGCCUGCCUCACUCUCACGGUGGCUCUCGCCUCCUUCUCCCCCGAGGUUGCGUUUGUCUCGGCCAUUUCUUCGUCGUCUUCAUGCGGCUCGGAAGCGUCUAUUAGGGUGCUGGCUGACGUGCCGGGAGAUAUUCUCUGCUUGCCGGCUAACCUGUUCAGCAAGUCCAAGAUUGAUCUCAUCGUUCCUCCGGUCUUCGCGGCGGUUGUGGUGGCCGGCUCGGCGUUUCUGGUCCGAGCCCUGGGGUUGUGGGAGGCAGACGAAGCCCAUUGAAGGGUUUGGGGUUCCCGCCAUUUUUAUAGGUUGGGUUUUGUUGGUGAUGGCAUCUCAUAGGUUGUGUAAAAUUAAUGCUGGACUUGAUGUAUGCUUUAAUCCAAUUUUAAGCUAGGUUUAC